AUGGGGAAGAGCAGCAUCCCCCUCGCUCGCCGCUCGCAGGCCGUUGACACCUUCGCCAGCGCCGAACACGGUACCAUCACCCUUCCGAACCCGUACGACUGGCUUGAAGACAACAGCAGCCCCGAGACGGCGGCGUUCGUUGAGGCCCAGAAUGCCGCCUUCGCAGAGUACAUUGACGACAGUAGCGACGAGAGCCUGGGCAAAGCGAAGCAGCACCUGGCUUCGGGAUUGAUGGCCAUGACCGGGUUGACCGCGGUGGUAAGCGUGCCGCAGGUUAUCGGGGAGAGUUAUGUUUUUAGAGUGCAGGGUCGAGGCAAGGAGUUUGCGGUGUCCUACCGAGUUCCCAAAUCUAGUCUCAGCUGCAGUGAUGGGGAGGCUCGGGAUAGCAAUGGCCAUGUCUCAGGCCCGGAGACGGACGAGCCGGAAGUGUUCCUCGACGAGGGCGAGAAGAAAGCCGUGCUCACGGCCUCGUCGUCCAGCCGCAGCGGGAAGUACUGGGCGUUCACGACCAGCGACGCCGGCUCCGACUGGGGCGUCAUCCGCGUCAAGGAUGUCGCGAGCGGACAGAUUCUGAGCGACGAAAUCCGCGGGACCCGGCUCACAAGCAAACCCUCGUCGGUGAUCCCGUGGCUGGGCGACCGGGGUUUCUUCUACCCAUAUCAUCCGGACGGAGGACAGAGCAGCGGGGGGAAGGAAGGAGUCGUCGGUGCGGCUCAACUGCGCUUCCACGAGAUCGGUCGUCCACAGGAGGAAGACGAGAUCAUCUAUGACGAUGCCGAACAUCCAGGCUACAAUUUCAGAGCGGUGGUCGCUCAGGACCACAGGACUGUCUUUCUGGAGAUCUAUGACCGGGGCAGAGGUUGCCAGGUACGGUCGGCGGUGAUAGAGAGCGAUGUACCGGACAAGGGCGCUGCAGAGAGAGGUAGGCUCGGACUGAGGUUCGACGGUGUGUUGACGACGCAGUCCAAUGCAGAGUGGGAGUACGUCGGCACUCUUCCUGAGGACACGGAUACUGGCCACAGACAUCUGUUCUGGACCAACGCCGACAACGGUAAGGUGAUGCUGUACCACCCACAAGCGGGAACCGUGGAGGAAGUCGUGGCGCCCAACAGCCAGCAGACCCUCCGACAGGCACGGAUGCUCUCGGGCGGCAAGAUCCUGGUCGUGCGCUCGAUCGACGUGCGGGACCAGGUCCAGAUCUUCUCGUCUUCGACCACCGGCCGCGGCCAACAUCUGAAAACGCUGGACGACGUCCCCCUGUGGACCAUCCUGGACGCGUCGUACGACCCCACGACCGGAACGAUAUUCCUCGUCGAGUCGUCCUUUUGCUAUCCUCCUCGCGUCUGGUAUGCUCGCGGGGCAGGAGAUGGACUGGAGGACAUGUCGUCCUUCCGGCCCGUCGAGCUGUUCCCGCAGAGCAGCAGCAGCAGCAGCAGCAACAAGGAUUCCCUCACCUGGAGCGCGGCGGCACCGCCUUCGCAGCAGCUCUCGACUAAGCAGAUCUUCUACCCCUCCCUCGACGGGACGAGAGUCCCCAUGUUCCUCACGUCCGCCGACCCCGAGUCCAUCCACCCGGACGACCCCGUCCUGCUGUACCUGUACGGCGGGUUCGGGAUCUCAGUCAUCCCGCACUUCCGGCCCGACUUCGUGGCCUUCCUGCAGUCGUUCCGGGGCGUGCUCGCGGUCGCCAACGUCCGCGGCGGCGGCGAGUACGGCCAGGCAUGGUACCAGGCGGCGUGCAGGGAGCGGCGGCAGAACCUCUUCGACGACAUCAAAGCCGGGGCGGCGCAUCUCCGCGCCCAGUACGGCAGUCGCACGAUCAUCCUCAUGGGCGAGAGCAUGGGCGGGCUGAACUGCGCGACGGCCAUGGUGCAGCAGCCCGACCUGUUCGACGCCGUGGUCCUCACCGCGGGGGUUCUGGACAUCCUGCACCGCCAGAAGUUGGCGCGCAGCGACCGCGGGGCCCAGGACGUCGGCGACGUGCACAACCCGGUCGACUUCGACGUGGUGUACAAGUGGUCGCCGCUGGACAAGGUGCGGCCUGGGGUGCGGUAUCCGCCCGUGCUGCUGACGGCCGGGGACAAAGACGACUUCGUGAGCUUCUCGCACAGCUGCAAGAUGGCGGCGGCGCUGCAGUAUGCUGAGAAUGAAUCGGCGGGUGAGGACGGAGGGGUGCCGACGACGGCGAAGGCGACGUUUCUGAGGAUCGUCAAGGAUCUGGGCCACAGCGCCAAUAUCUCUGCAAAGCAAAGGGCGGCAAUCGGCCUGGAGAGGUGGCUCUGGGUGAAAAAGACGCUGGGGCUCGCGAUGCAUGGACGACGGUAA